UUCCUGUGGCGUGCCGCAAUUUUAAAUUGUCCCCCUCGUCAGUGAUGGCGGCUUCGCUUCGUAGUCCCCCCGCAAGCUGUAACAACAAAUGGUACUACAACCGGCAAGAGAUCGACAACAACCCGUCUCGGCGAGCCGGGCUUGACCCGGACAAGGAGCUGUCGUACAGGCAACAGGCGGCCAACCUGCUGCAGGACAUGGGGCAGCGGCUCAACGUGUCCCAACUUACAAUUAAUACAGCCAUCGUGUACAUGCAUCGCUUCUACAUGGUCCAGUCAUUCACCAGAUUUCACAGAAAUGUUAUUUCUCCUGCUGCUCUUUUCCUGGCCGCCAAGGUUGAGGAGCAGCCCCGAAAGCUGGAACACGUUAUCAAGGUGGCCCAUGCCUGUCUCAAUCCACAGGACCCUUCACCAGAUGUACACAGUGAUGCCUACCUGCAACAAGCCCAAGACCUGGUCAUUCUUGAGAGCAUAAUACUCCAGACCUUGGCAUUCGAAAUCACCAUUGACCAUCCGCACACACAUGUUGUCAAGUGCACCCAGCUGGUCCGAGGUGAGCAUCGAACGGCCCUUUUGAUAUGUUUUUGGGAUGAGGCGGAGGGCAUGCAUACAUGCUUUUGUGUUGUUGAACAGACUCAGAUGUUAAGUAUGCUUUUCUGGUGUGUUGUUGUUUCAGCGAGCAAGGAUCUGGCGCAAACAUCUUACUUCAUGGCCACCAACAGUCUCCACUUGACCACCUUCUGUCUGCAAUACAGUCCGCCUGUUGUGGCUUGCGUGUGCAUCCAUCUAGCCUGCAAGUGGUCCAACUGGGAGAUUCCCGUGUCUACGGACGGCAAGCAUUGGUGGGAAUAUGUCGACCCCACAGUAACGCUCAAACUACUGGAUGAGCUCACGCACGAAUUCCUGCAGAUUCUGGAGAAAACGCCCAGCAGAUUGAAGCGGAUUCGCAACUGGAAGGCAGGAGGUCAGACGCCAAAGGCCAAGCCAAAGGUCCAAGAGGAGGGAGACCAGAGGGACACUAUGAUGAGCAUGAUCUCCAUGGCCUCGUCUGAAAGCACUGUGGCGGGCCUGAUGAGCCUCUCGGCACCGGCAUCGGACAGGGGGACGCCUGGCAGCGCGCCCACCUGGAGUGGAAAAAGUCAAGGGGGUGCCGAACAGUCCAAUCACGAGGUCCACACCCCAGCCAAGGUGUCAUUAAGCGAGUACCGCGCCAAGAACGCCGACGUCCUGGCCGCGCAGAAAAGGAAGCUGGAGAACAUGGAGGCCAGCGUGAAACGGGACUAUGCCAACGCUGCCCAGGUUCUCAUUGGUCAGCAGCAAAGGAAGGAGAAGCAGCAGCAAUCGGGCUCAUCUUCCUCAAACCUGGCUAACUCAUCGCCAAUUAUUCUGAAGAUCCCCCUGGAGAAGGAGAGACACGAUCGAAGCUCUUUGAAAAUGAGGUUCCCCGCGGCGGGCGGGGGCGGCGCCAGAGGGCCGGAGCAGGACAUCAAAGUACGCAUUCGCGUGCCCGAAAAGCAAAGGGGGAGCUCAGCCGAGGAAGGCAAGAGCAGGGACAAGCACAGGGGGGAGCGCUCCAACCACCACCAUCAUCACCAUCACCCUUCUUCUAGUGGCGCCUCACUUUCCUCUUCCCACAAGCACUCGUCCACUUCCAGCGGCGCAGCAGGAAGUGGCAAGAAAGCCCCCAGUGACUCGUCUCGAACUAGCUCGUCGUCGCGCAAGAGGACGUAUCCGCAGGAACCUUUGGCGGGAUCCCAUUCCGCUUCCAAAGUCAGCAAGCUUUCUCGCAAUCCCUACCAGCUGCCGUCCCUGUCUUCCUCAUCUGACAUCCUCCCCGCGCUGAGCCUCCCGCACCACCCCCCGGGGAGCUACUCGCACCCCAAAGGCGACAAGACUGACACCAACGGGCACGGUGCAACGGGUGGCGCCCAGUCCAAUGAGUACCAGGACACUUUUGAAAUGUUGAACUCUCUUCUGAGCGCGCAGGGGGUGCAGCCCUCACAGCCGUCCAUGUUUGACUACAGAUCUCAAUACGGGGACUACAAGUACUCCGCCGGGUCCCGGGGGAGCAACAGCAGACCCCCACCCCUACCUUCAGAUCCCCCGCCCCCGCUUCCACCCUUACCCAAAUGACUUUCUGCUGUCCUUUAUGCUUGUUUUUUACAAGUCAAUAUAUUAGGAGCCUCACUCACAAUCAUCAUAUGUGACAGAGGACUUUUGGAAUGUUUUAUUUCUUACUGACUUCUACAAAAAAAGGCUUGAAAAGCUUUGACAUGUCCCCAGGAAAGUAGCUAUUGUUUUGGCUGCAAUUGUUGUUCAUGUUCCCCCAUCGGGUUCUAGAGGAAAUCAAAGAUAUUAAAUUAGAUCUCCAAAUGGCCACCCGGUUGUUUUACAGUUUUUGAUUAGGGUUAUUUAUUGCUUGAUAUUUUUUCAAACAUAUUUUUUCCCUUCAAAUGCUACUCAUUUUUAAUCUUCCUCCUGAUCAACAAUGAAUACUGUAUAGACGUAACAGUCUAUCUCCAAAGCAGCCCUAGCCCAAAAAGAUGGGUUUGGUGGUCUUGAUUUUAUUUGCUACAUUUGAUAAAUGUAUGCAGAGAUUUUAAAAUGUUUAAAACAGUACAUGGAAUAUUUUUACAUUUUGUUAAAAAAAGGUGUAAAUUAUAUCAGUCUUUUUAUUGUAUGAGCGUUGCAGUCAUUGUUUUAAAUGGUUGUAAAAAAUGAUUUUAAGCAUACUUAUUGACAGAGAUGCAGAGAGAAGAUAUGUUUAGGGUCUAAUAAUUCGUCAAUGCAUUGUGCUGAUAUUGGCACACAGAUGCAAACGAUUCUGAAUUGUUUGUCCUCUGUAUUUUUCUCGUCAUGUUUAGGUUUACAAUGAUGGUGACCAUAUCAAUUUAUUGAUUAAUCGACUGUUGUUGGCUGUCUCUAAUAUAGGCAUUCCUUUUUUUGGGAGUGUUGUCUUUUUUUUUUAAAGCAGAAGUCCAGUGAAACCCUGUGAGCUGAUGGGGUGGUCAUCUUCUAGUUGAUGUCUUGUGCUAUUUGCAUUGUACAUUCAACUAACCUGUUCAGCUCCAAGGUAUGUUUAUCUGUCAAGAAGGAUCCUGUUUUCCUGUGAAGAGAAAAAGAUUGAUGUUUAAUCAUCUGGAUGUCUGCGCCAUACUAGGAUUAGUCCCAUUUAUUGUGUGACAAAAUUUGACCUCUGUUAACUUUCAUUUGUUUUAGUUUGUGCAUAUGCUUCAUGGUUGGACAGGUGAACAAACAUGUGUUUUAAUCACAUUUAUUUUGUAAUUCUUUGAAGAGAGAAAAUGCACUGAAAUGUUGCACUCCACUUGCGGUUGCAAGUGCGAAAUUAACUUCAAAUAAUGAGGUCAACAACAACAAAAAUUCAAUCUUACAACUGCCAUGCAACACAGCAAUGCAAAUCACUAUUUACCAGAGCUUUUCCUGCAUCUUGGGAUAUUGUAAUAUACACAGGACUGGUCAUGAAUAAUGUUAGUGGGAAUUCUUCCAGGUAUCCUGUUGUAUGUGAACACUUGUUUUUUUUUUUCAUUUUAAAGUCAAUAAAUACUUUAAAGUAA